AUGUCGGCGGCCGACAAGUCGAGACAAUCGUCUGCGGGACGAUCACUCUUCUCCAGAAGUAAGAAUAAGGAUAAAAAAGCGACCGAUGUCGAACACCUCGAUGCCGGAGGCGCUUUAAGCUUCCGCUCCUCACGACACAAACGAGACUCAUCAUCUGUCGAUAUUCCAACGUCCCCUGAUCCCGGGGUCAACAUGAUGGCAGGAGUGAUAACGUCAAUCCCAUAUGACAAUAUGCCAUCUGGCUUGCGAUCCCCGAUCCCCGUUGACUAUUUACCCAAUCCCGACCAAGUGCCCGCGCGACGUGAACAUCUACCUCAUCAACUUAACAAGAACGCAGGGGACUUUCACCAGUAUCCCUCCUUCGAUCCGGCGACUUCUCGUCCAAGGGAAUCCAACAUGACAAUGGCGUCCACUGGCCGGCAAGCGCAAUAUCAGCAAUGGGGCCCGGGUCGUGGAAGUGUUGCCUCCACGGUAAAUGGGUCGCAUACCUCGAGAUUUGACUCAUACCUCGGCGCCAAUGGUGGCCGCAGCUCUGGCGAUAACCUCAGCAUAUUUUCAGGUAAUGCCGGCGUCCGUGAUACUGGAAGACUGUCACGCUCAUCCCAAGUAGCUUUACCAAGCGCGUCGUCGCAAAGUUCGUACGGGUCGCAUCAUUCCCACCGAGAAUCCCAUCGACUCACCAAAUUUCCCGGCCCCGGAGCAAAUCACGACGCCUUUCACUUCCCGAAACCGGACGAUGAUAAAGUGAUUGAGCAAAUGUUUUUGCAGCUCAUGCAGAAGCGAGGAUGGCACAACUUACCAGAGCAAGCUCGACGACAAAUGAUGGCCUAUCCACCACAGAAAAAGUGGACGCUGCUUCACCAGGAUCGUCUUGCCGAGUGGCAGGGGGAGCAAAAGAGGCGGCAGACUGCUCGAGCGAACCAAUAUGCUGCCCCGGACAUUACUACUUACUCUGAGGAGGAGGGAGCACCGGAAUGGUAUGUCCGAAAGGUCAUGGAGGACAAGCUCGACACCAAGGGGAUGGGCAGUCUGGAAGUCAAUCUCCGGACUCAACAGAUUGGCUGGGUAAAGAGGUUCGUUGAAUGUCAAGGCCAGGUCGCUCUAGUGACUUUGCUCCUCAAAAUCAAUCGCAAGACGGCAGCUGGUCCGGGUCCUGAAAAUACGCGCCAGGAGAAGAAUCUCGACAAGGAAUACGACAUCAUCAAGUGCUUGAAGGCCCUCAUGAACAAUAAAUUUGGUGCGGAUGAUGCUUUGAUGCAGCAAAAGGUUCUGGUGGCCCUGGCCACAUGUCUCAUAUCGGCAAGAAUCACCACCAGGAAACUCGUCAGCGAAAUCUUGACCUUUCUUUGCACGUGGGGACACAAUGGCGAGGGCCACGUCAAGGUUGUUCAAGCGCUGGAUGAGGUCAAAGCUCAGUCUGGGGAGAAUGGUCGCUUCGAUGCUUGGAUGCGCCUGGUCGAGGUCACUGUCGAUGGUCGAGGCAAGAUGGGCAGUCUUGUCGGAGCCAGUGACGAAGUCAGAACCGGUGGUAUCGGCAUGGAAAACCUGCUCAUGGAGUAUGCCGUAACAACACUGAUCUUGGUCAACAUGAUGGUGGAUGCGCCAGAGAAUGACCUCCAACUGCGGAUACACAUCCGGGCUCAGUUCACAGCAUGUGGCAUCAAGCGCAUCUUGACCAAAAUGGAGGGGUUUCAAUACGAGCUCCUGGAUAAGCAAAUCGAGCGAUUCAGAACCAAUGAGGCCAUUGACUACGAAGAUAUGCUUGAGAGGGAAAAUAGUAGCAUCAAGGACAGCGUGGAGGGCGACGUAAGGGAUCUCACCGACCCCGUGCAAAUUGCCGAUGCCAUUCAACAGCGCAUCAGCGGGAGCAAGGCUCAAGACUACUUUGUUUCUGCUUUGCAGCACCUUAUGCUCAUCCGAGCUCAGGAUGGUGAAGAGCGCCUUCGCAUGUUUCAGCUUGUCGACUCAAUGCUGAGCUACGUGGCCAUGGACAGGCGCUUGCCAAACAUGGACCUCAAGCAGAGCCUGAACUUUACCGUCCAGAGUCUCCUCGAUAAACUGCAUACCGACUCAGAAGCGCGACAAGCUCAGGAUGAGGCUCUCGAGUCGCGGCAGAUUGCCGAGGCUGCCAUGGCAGAGCGCGAUGAGAUGCGGGCUAGGCUUGAGCUUGGAGCAGAUGGCCUUGUCAAGAAGAUGCAGAAACAACUCGACGAGCAGGCACGGUUCAUCGAAGCUCAGAGAAGACAGGCGGACGGGCUCAAGGCCGAGAUCAGCGGCCUACAGACCAUCCGCGCCAAAGAAGCUCAACGGAACGAGCUGGAGACCAGAGAGCUGUACCUGAUGCUGAGAGACGCGCAAGACAUUGCUGCAUCUAAUGCUAUCAAGGGCAGCAAGCCCGGCGAAACCAAGGCGAACGAAAACGCAGCUCAGAUGCAAGGCAUUCUGGACCGACAGAGACUUAUGGAGCGUCUACAGAUGCAACUGGAGCGCCAAAAGACGCAGUACAAGCUGGAAGGGCGGGUUUGGGGAGAAGCCGGUGGCCCGUCCGAUCGAUUGCGCGCCCUGCGCGAGGAGAUGGACGACGACAACCUGGUAUCUCCAGUUGGCGGCGGAACCCCUCCGCGCGAUCUAACCAACAGUGUCCUGGGCAGCAUAAGUCGCCAAACCAGAACCCCCCGCAAGCCGUUGAUGACGAGCAAGGAUGCCGAUGACGAUGCCAUUGACGAGGGUGAAGACGCAGAGGGCGAAGAGAGCGUCAUUUACGAGCGCCCUCGCAUCGUGGAGAUGAAGCGACCCGUCAUCGAUCCCAAACGACAAGCAGGCCUUGUCCUCGAAAUCGGCUCAAAAAUAAAGAGAUUCGAUGGUAGCGACUCGGAAGAUGUCGAUGAUUCGAUUACGCCAUCCCAUCCAAGCUUGGAAUCCUCCACACCACUUACAUCGGCCGAUGGUGAGGCAUCAAAGGCCGAGGGACCUGCCGCAGCCGCUCCUCCAGCGCCGCCGCCGCCGCCGCCGCCGCCUCCUCCUCCUCCUCCUCCUCCGCCUCUUCCUAUGUCCGGCCAAGUCCUCGGCCUCCCUCCGCCUCCGCCUCCGCCUCCGCCUCCACCUCCACCUCCCCCGAUGCCCGGUCAAAUUACUGGAAACCCUCCACCUCCACCUCCACCUCCCCCGAUGCCCGGUCAAAUUACUGGAAACCCUCCACCUCCACCUCCACCUCCCCCGAUGCCCGGUCAAAUUCCUGGAAACCCUCCACCUCCACCUCCGCCGCCGCCGCCGCCGCCAAUGCCAGGUUCUGUACCAGGAUUCAUUGUCAUGCCACCCCCUCCGCCACCACCAAUGCCCGGGGCUAUGCCGUCAGGUCAUUUUCUAUCGCAAAAAUCCGCAUUCACAGCACCAUCGAGCAUCGGCCUGUCUGUGGCAAGACCUAAAAAGAAGCUCAAGGCUCUACACUGGGAGAAAGUCGACACUCCCGAAACCAGUCACUGGGCUGCUCACGCCCCUUCUGCUCAGGAACGAGAAGAAAAGUACAACGAGCUCAGCCGCAAGGGCAUCUUGGACGAGGUUGAAAAACUAUUCAUGGCCAAGGAAAUCAAACAGUUGGGUGGUGGAAGUGCGAAGAAGGGUGACAAGAAGCAAAUCAUUUCUGGCGAUUUGCGCAAAGCAUAUGAGAUUGCCUUUGCCAAGUUUUCACAGUAUUCAGUGGACAAGAUUGCGCAAAUGAUAAUCCAUUGCGACCCGCAAGUGCUCGACAACCAAGUUGUCAUGGAAUUCCUACAAAAGGAUGACCUGUGUAAUAUUUCCGACAAUGUUUCCAAGCAAAUGGCGCCAUAUAGCAGAGACCUGACUGGACCCGAUGCCAAGAGCCACAGCCGCGAACAAGAUCCUGCGGAACUGACAAGACAGGACCAAAUCUACUUACACACAGCGUUUGAGUUGCAUCACUAUUGGAAAAGCCGUAUGAGAGCCUUGUGGCUCACCAAAAAUUUCGAAGCCGACUAUGAAGAGCUGAAUGAGAGAAUGACCCAAGUCGUCAUGGUCUCGGAGAGUCUGCGCGACUCUGUAUCCCUCAUGAACGUUCUCGGUCUCAUUCUCGACAUCGGCAACUACAUGAAUGACGCUAACAAACAGGCUCGCGGAUUUAAACUGAGCUCCCUCGCCCGACUGGGCAUGGUCAAGGACGACAAAAACGAGUCUUCUCUGGCCGAUUUGGUGGAACGCAUCGUCAGAAGCCAGUACCCGGAGUGGGAGGGAUUCGCCAACGAUAUUGGCGGCGUCUUGACAGCGCAAAAGGUCAACGUCGAGCAGCUUCAAACCGACGCCAAGAAGUACAUUGACACGGUUCGCAACGUGCAAAUGUCUCUGGACUCUGGCAACCUCAGCGAUCCCAAGAAGUUCCAUCCCGAGGAUCGCGUCAGCCAGAUAGUGCAGCGCUGUAUGAAGGAGGCCCGCCGAAAGGCCGAACAGAUGGAGCUUUAUCUCGACGAGAUGAUGAAAACGUACAAGGAUAUCAUGACCUUUUACGGAGAAGAUCCCACGGACGAGAACGCCCGACGAGAUUUCUUUGCCAAGCUUGCUAACUUCUUGUCUGAAUGGAAGAAAUCCAAGGAGAAGAAUAUCCAGCUGGAAGAGAUGAAGAGACGCAAUGAGGCGUCCAUGAGACGAAAGCACGCAGCGCAAAAGGGUGCUGCUGCUGGGGCGCUAGGUGACGGAAGCGUGUCCCCAACAAGCACCGGGGCCAUGGACUCGCUGCUGGAAAAGUUGAGGGCAGCUGCACCGCAAGCACGAGACCAACGCGAUCGACGCCGUCGAGCACGUCUCAAGGACAAACAUCAGGUGCGCGUGGCCUCGGGUCAGGCGAUCCCCGACCUCGGCGAGAUACCCGAGGCGGAAAGCGGACUGAAUAGCAAGGGCCAAGCGAUUGACGAAGAGGGCCGUGCCGUUGUAAGCCCAGGAUUGAGCUCGCCUCGCGACGGUGAAGACGAUGUAGCCGAUCGAGCAGCCGCCUUGCUGCAAGGCAUGAGAGCAGAUGGAGCCGACAGUGCCGAAAAGAGGGAAAGCUUGCGGCAAGCAAGAAGACAAACGGCAGAGGAAGAGCGUCGUCUGCGGAGACGGAGGAGAGAAAAUGCCAGCAUGGCACAGAGCAGCAGCACCAGGGCAAAAGAAGCGGUGGCAGUUGGUGAGGAGGUCCCUCCAGACGUGCCCGAGACAGUAGAUGAAGAAGUGGAAGCAGAGCAAGAGGCGGAGGGUACGGAGCCUACAGAGCACAUGGAGCACAUGGAGCAGCAGGACCUACUGCAAGACAAGGAAGAACCAGGCGGACGAGGAGCGUAA